AUGGGAUUGCAGAGAGGAAUGCCGUUGGCACAACUCGGUGAGCCGUUUGGCAUCACACCGGCCGCCAUCGAGAACGUGUCACCUGGCAUCGACCAGUGCAAGGAUCACCGAAUUGAUGCAUCCAUGCGAUCAGAGCCAUCGGACUACUUCAGUGACACCACCAACACCUUCCAUAGCAGCAUUCACGUCGUUCAUCCAACCAUCAACAAUGGAACUCGAAUGAAUAAAAAGGAAUCGUCUGCUUCGGAAACAGAAAUCGACAUCGGAGAUGUUCGAAAAUGUGGUGAAAAAGCAGACCGACAACAGUUUGAACUUCUCAAAGUCCUUGGACAAGGAUCGUUUGGAAAGGUCUUCUUGGUUCGAAAAGUUCGUGGUCGAGACUCGGGGCACGUGUAUGCGAUGAAGGUGUUGAAGAAAGCAACUUUGAAGAUUCGAGAUCGACAAAGAACGAAACUGGAAAGGAACAUUCUUGCUCAUAUUUCCCAUCCAUUCAUCGUUAAACUUCACUAUGCGUUCCAGACAGAAGGAAAACUGUAUCUGAUUCUGGACUUUCUCCGUGGGGGAGAUCUAUUCACACGCCUCUCCAAAGAAGUGAUGUUCACGGAAGAUGAUGUGAAGUUUUAUCUGGCAGAGCUCACGCUUGCUCUCGAACAUCUUCACAGCUUAGGAAUUGUGUACAGAGACCUGAAACCGGAGAAUAUACUUCUUGAUGCGGAUGGUCAUAUCAAAGUUACUGACUUCGGAUUAAGCAAGGAAGCAAUUGAUAGCGAGAAGAAGACUUACAGUUUUUGUGGCACAGUAGAAUACAUGGCUCCAGAAGUUAUCAAUCGACGAGGGCAUUCGAUGGCUGCUGAUUUCUGGUCGUUAGGUGUUUUGAUGUUCGAGAUGCUGACUGGACACUUACCAUUCCAAGGACGAGAUAGAAACGAUACUAUGAAUCAAAUCCUCAAAGCAAAACUCUCGAUGCCACAUUUCUUGACUCAAGAAGCGCAAUCACUGCUUCGUGCUCUUUUCAAACGGAAUUCCCAUAAUCGUCUGGGUGCUGGACCAGACGGCGUUGAAGAGAUCAAGCGUCACGCAUUCUUCGCUAAAAUAGACUUUGUGAAAUUGCUAAACAAAGAAAUCGAUCCUCCAUUCAAGCCGGCACUCUCUACUGUCGACAGUACAUCGUAUUUUGAUCCAGAGUUUACGAAAAGGACUCCAAAAGAUUCUCCUGCUCUUCCAGCCUCCGCCAAUGGGCACGAAAUUUUCCGAGGAUUUUCAUUUGUGUCCAAUGCAGUUAUAGAAGAAAGGAAAUUGAUUCAAAAGUCGAUAAGAUCCGUGCCAACUGCCAAAACACAUCCCUUCACUGAUGAUUAUGAGAUUCUCGAGGUUUUGAUGAUUUCUAAUAUUUUUAUAAGACCCGUAAAUUUUCAGAAAAUUGGCAAUGGUGCUCAUUCAGUCGUCCACAAGUGUCAAAUGAAAGCUACACCGCGAAGAUAUGCUGUUAAGAUUGUGAAGAAAGCAGUUUUCGACGCCACCGAAGAAGUCGAUAUUCUUCUACGACAUUCCCAUCAGCAAUUCAUCGUCAAACUAUUCGACGUCUAUGAGGAUGAAACGGCGAUCUACAUGGUGGAAGAGCUUUGCGAAGGUGGAGAGCUUCUAGACAGGCUGGUCAACAAAAGAGCAUUGGGCAGUGAAAAAGAAGUGGCUUCUUUGAUGUCGAAUCUUCUUUACGCUGUUCAGUAUCUCCAUUCCCAGCAAGUUGCCCAUCGCGAUUUGACUGCUGCAAACAUUCUUUUCGCCUCAAAAGAUGGUGAUCCGAACUCAUUGCGAAUCGUUGAUUUCGGGUUCGCAAAACAAUCGAGAGCUGAAAACGGAAUGCUGAUGACUCCUUGCUAUACUGCUCAAUUUGUAAGUGUUGCUCCAGAAGUACUUCGCAAGCAAGGAUAUGAUCGUUCGUGUGAUGUAUGGUCCCUUGGCGUUCUUCUUCAUACGAUGCUAACUGGUUUCACUCCAUUCGCGAUGGGUCCAAACGAUACUCCUGAUCAGAUACUGCAACGUGUUGGAGACGGAAAAAUUACAAUGACUCAGCCAGUGUGGGAUACAAUUUCAGAAGAUGCGAAAGAUCUGGUCAAAAAGAUGCUGGAUGUGGACCCGAAUAGACGAGUUACUGCAAAACAGGCUCUUCAACAUAAGUGGUUCGGACGGAAAGAGUCUCUUCCAGAUCGGCCGAUUCAGGAGAACGGAGAAAAAUUAGAUAUGACUGAUGUAAAGUUUCAGACUGCUCUUGAUCAAACUUACAAGGCGAUUUCGUCGGCGCCAAGUGUUACUCUUCGUCCCGUCGGUUCAUCUGCCCUUGCAAAACGAAGAAUGAAAGAUAUUCUAUACGCUAAUUAUACCAAGAAGAAUGUGUCAGCAAAUGCAUGGUAG